UUGAUUUCUCAUUUCUCAUUCUCAUUUCCUUCUCCUUCGCGGGUCCUAUCACCAAAUCGUUUUUUUCUCUCCACCCCAAUUUUCUCACUUUCCUACAAUUCUCUUCUCUCUUUCCUUUUUACACAAAAAACAACAAAAAAAAUGAGUUUUUUCUUUCAAUCUUAACCCAUAAGUGUGAUUUUCCAACUGUUUGAUAAAAUUCCUCAAUCAAAGUUUCAACUUUCAACAUGUCUAGUUUUGUGGGUGUUCUUGUUUCUGAUCAAUGGCUUCAGAGCCAGUUCACUCAAGUCGAAUUACGAACUCUCAAAUCAAAAUAUGUAUCUGAAAGAACUCAAUCGGGCCGUGUUAUUGUGGGAAAUUUGCCUCCCAUUUUCAAGAAAUUGAAGGCUUUUGCGGAGUUUUUUACCGAGGAUGAGAUUAAGGCUGUAUUGGAAGAGUCAUAUCAGAAUAUGGAUGAUGAAAUCGACUUUGAGUCCUUCCUUAGGGCACAUUUAAACUUGCAAACUCGAGCUGCAGCAAAAGGUGGCGGUUCAAAAAGUUCUUCUUCAUUUUUGAAGGCAGCUACGACUACCGUUCAUCAUGCAAUUAAUGAAUCUGAGAAGGCUUCUUAUGUCGCACACAUUAACAGUUACUUGGCUGAAGAUAAAUUCAUGAAGCAGUUUCUUCCAAUUGAUCCGUCUACAAAUGCAUUGUUUGAUCUUGCUAAAGAUGGAGUCCUGCUUUGCAAGCUUAUUAAUGUUGCUGUUCCUGGGACAAUAGAUGAGCGAGCCAUUAACACAAAACGGGAUCUUAAUCCAUGGGAGAGGAAUGAAAACCACACCCUUGGCCUCAAUUCAGCAAAGGCUAUUGGGUGCACAGUGGUUAAUAUUGGUACACAGGAUAUGGUUGAAGGAAGACCUUAUUUGGUACUUGGUCUGAUUUCACAAAUAAUCAAGAUUCAAUUGUUAGCUGAUCUCAAUCUGAAGAAAACUCCUCAACUUUUGGAAUUAGUGGAAGAUGAUAAGGAUGUGGAGGAGCUUAUCAGUUUACCACCUGACAAGGUUUUAUUGAAAUGGAUGAAUUUCCACUUGAAGAAAGCUGGUUAUGAGAAACAAGUUACAAAUUUCUCAUCUGAUGUAAAGGAUGGAGAGGCUUAUGCGUACUUGCUUAAUGCUCUUGCUCCAGAAACUGCAGGCCCAUCUGCCUUGACCAUAAGUGAUCCGACAGAAAGAGCAAAUAUGGUUCUUGAGCAGGCAGAGAGAUUAGAUUGCAAGAGAUACCUCACUCCAAAGGACAUAGUUGAAGGGUCACCUAACCUUAAUCUUGCAUUUGUUGCUCAAAUUUUCCAGCAUAGGAAUGGGCUUACAGUUGACACGAAUAAAAUGUCCUUCGCUGAGAUGAUGACUGAUGAUGCACAGACAUCUCGGGAAGAAAGAUGCUUCAGACUCUGGAUUAACAGUCUCGGAAUUGCUACUUAUGUCAAUAAUGUUUUCGAGGAUGUCAGAAAUGGAUGGGUUCUAUUAGAAGUUCUUGAUAAGGUUUCACCUGGAUCUGUCAACUGGAAGCAGGCGACAAAGCCUCCUAUAAAGAUGCCAUUUCGGAAAGUGGAGAAUUGCAACCAAGUUAUAAAAAUUGGGAAGGACCUAAACUUUUCCUUAGUAAACGUUGCUGGUAACGAUAUUGUUCAAGGGAAUAAGAAGCUCUUACUAGCUUUUUUGUGGCAGCUUAUGAGAUUUACCAUGCUUCAACUUCUGAGAAACUUGAGAUCACACUCCCAAGGUAAAGAGAUUACUGAUGCUGAUAUACUAAACUGGGCGAACAACAAAGUGAAGAAAGCCGGAAGAACAUCUGAAAUGGAGAGUUUCAAGGAUAAGAAUCUUUCCAACGGAAUUUUCUUCCUUGAGCUUUUGAGUGCCGUGGAGCCAAGGGUGGUCAACUGGAGUUUAGUUACUAAAGGGGAGACUGAUGAUGACAAGAAGUUGAAUUCAACAUAUAUAAUCAGUGUUGCCAGAAAACUUGGAUGUUCCAUUUUCCUGUUACCUGAGGACAUAAUCGAGGUCAACCAGAAGAUGAUACUCACUUUAUCUGCUAGCAUCAUGUACUGGAGCCUGCUGAAUUCUGAAGAAAACAGCACCCCAGAAACAUCGCCUGUAGCUUCAGCAGAUGGCGAACAUGAAACAGAUUUAGUCAACGAGGUAUCCGAUUUAGCUAUUGAUGAUAAUGCUGCAGAAAAUGCCAGCUCUCCUUAAGCUGGCAGCGUGAAUCUCUGUCGACAUUAAAGGAUCUCUGUCAAAAGGUUGAAGCAAACCACAAAAUGAGGGAGAAAAAUUCAUUUUUGUUUAUAGAAUAGAAAGACGAAGCCGGCCUCUUGGUGCUCGGCGCAAAAGAAAGAGCUUAUAUUUUUUUUAUGAAGAACCACAGAUAAUAGAAGGAUCUUGUAAAAUUUCUUUUAGAAUUUUUUUGUACUUUAGGUAUAUUCUUUGACGAAAAUCGUAUGCAUUUUAUUCCCAAUAAUAAGAAAAGGGAGGAGGCAUCAGUUUAUAUCGACCUGAUAGCCAAGAUUACUCCUAAUCCAUGCUUGCACUCCAUUUUAGAGUGUGGUUUUUCUAGUUCAGGUCUGGAAUUCAAGUAUAAGGCAGAUAGUUGGAGACAAUGCAUUUCAAUUUCUCUGUUUUCCUUCAGAUGCGAAAAUAUUCUUAGUUUCUUUUCUUAA